AACACUACCGACCUCUUCGCCUAAAUUCCAGAUUUUUUUCCUUCUUUGUUCAUUAAAAAUAAAAUCUCAGAAAAUGUUCUCACAACACAACCCAUAAAUCAGGAAUCUUUCGGUGGCUAGUUCCUUUAGACCUGUUGUUGAUAUACAGUUACUGCAAUUUGCACGAGUAAACUGUCAUUCAUCUUUGAUGGUCAUUUUGCAAUCAGAAAAUGCCAUGUGAAGAAGUGUUGAAGGUCGUUUUUCCUUUCUUAGAUGGCACGGAUCAUGCGACUUGCAUGGCAGUAUGUAAGCAAUGGAGACACAGCUAGAGAUGAUUACAUUUGGAAAUGUGUAUGUGCGAAGAGAUGGCCUUCGGUUUGCAAGCGGCCUAGCCCACCUACUGCAACCUACUACAAAUUGUAUCGAACCUUUUAUAAACGGAAGCAUCAAAGAACUCUCCUCCCUCAAAGGCUUUCCUUCAAUGAUCUCGACUUCUUCACCGACAUCUGGACUGAAGAUAAAUUGAUUUUCUCUGAAGUUGUCCGUGGCCCUGUCCUCCGGAAUGGAUUCAAGAUCCCACAUAUUGAGUACAAGUUGACCUUACCUGUUGAGCCGAGGUUUGAUCUUCCUUGGAGCCAGACUACGAGUGUUUCGGUUCUUGUCGAACGAACUGACUCCAAUAAGGUUGCCCGCAUAGUGAAUAAAUCACUGUUUGAUUAUAUAGACCGUACAGCUUCUAGGGCUCUUGCUUUUGACUACCUCAACUUGUCUCCCUACUAUCCUUUCAUUUCGGGGAUCCGGGCAUGGAUCUCUUUGCUUUUCAUGUAACACGGAAAUCACGGUAUCAUUGAUGUCAUCGAAAUGGAUUUUUGUGAUGCUGCAAAUUCUGAAGAAGAGGUGUGGCUAUUAGACAUGCUCGACUGGAAUGGCGGAAGCUUGGUAGCUCGGCUCGAACAUGUUGGGUGCAAAGAAUUUGAACUCCUAUGCAUUCAUAUAUCAAAUUCGUCUAUGUUCAUAAGCUUGUUCAAAACUAUUUUAUUCUUUAUAAUCA